CAGCUGUUAAAAAAAAUGACGAGUGGAGUGCGAUUGAGGAAUCUGGCUACACCACUGUAUCGUACUGGUUAUACUUGGCAGGGAACUAAGUUUGGCCUUGGGAAGGUCAUUGAAAGACCUCUGCUGCGUGUAGGUGACUUUAGUCGUGGCACUAGAGGACAGUGGAAGGUGUGCAGGGCUUUGGGUCUCUCAAUUCCUGUACAGUUGGGUGCCUGUGAGGGUAGUUCAUACUCGCUAUCAUUUUUUGACGAGUGGGCUGGCAUUGUAGAUAAGAUGUCGAAGGUAGCACCCAUGCAACUUGGGGCCGCAGAUACCCACACCCAGGUGGACCAUAUGGCGGCCCUGGAUAUUGACUCCAAACCAUUCUCGAAGCGACUCUCCGGCAUCAUCUGCACCAUUGGACCUGUCUCUCGGUCUGUAGAGAUGCUGGAGAAAAUGAUGGAGGCUGGCAUGAACAUCGCACGUAUGAACUUCUCCCACGGCACCCAUGAAUACCACAGCGAGACCAUGAUGAAUGUCCGUAAGGCAGCCCAGAAGUAUUCCGACAAGAUUGGGCAUUCUUAUCCUGUUGCCAUUGCUCUUGACACAAAGGGACCUGAAAUUCGUACUGGCCUUUUGGAAGGUGGACCAUCAGCUGAAAUUGAAUUGAAAGAAGGUGCUACAAUCAAGUUGACCACAGAUGCCAGUUACUAUGAAAAGUGCUCAGAAGACGUGCUUUACUUGGACUAUGUCAACAUUACCAAAGUUGUGAAGCCUGGCAACCGCAUCUUUGUUGAUGAUGGCCUUAUCUCUCUUAUUGCUAAGGACGUGGGCAGUGAUUCCAUUGACUGUGAGGUUGAAAAUGGAGGUAUGCUUGGGAGCAAGAAGGGAGUGAAUCUCCCAGGUGUUCCAGUAGACCUUCCUGCAGUCUCUGAGAAGGACCGUGGUGAUCUCCUCCUUGGUGUCAAAAUGGGAGUAGACAUUGUGUUUGCAUCCUUCAUCCGUGAUGCUGCUGGAGUCCGUGAGAUCAGAGAUGUUCUUGGCGAAAAGGGCAAGAAUAUCAAAAUCAUCAGCAAGAUUGAGAAUCACCAGGGAUGCAAGAACAUUGAUGACAUCAUUGAAGAGGGAGAUGGUAUCAUGAUUGCUCGUGGUGAUUUGGGUAUUGAGAUUCCUGCUGAGAAGGUCUUCGUGGCCCAGAAACAGAUGAUUGCCAAGUGCAACAAAGUUGGUAAGCCAGUCAUUUGUGCUACCCAGAUGUUGGAAUCCAUGGUGAAGAAGCCCCGUCCCACACGUGCUGAAGUGUCUGAUGUGGGUAAUGCUAUCCUUGAUGGUGCUGACUGUGUCAUGCUGUCUGGUGAAACUGCUAAGGGAGGCUACCCUCUUGUUUGUGUACGAACCAUGGCCAACAUUGCACGUGAAGCUGAAGCUGCAAUUUGGCACAAGCAACUCUUCACUGAGCUGUCUCAGCAGGUCCAUCUGCCUACUGACUCAACACACACCACAGCUAUUGCUGCUGUUGAAGCUUCAUUCAAAGCAAUGGCCACAGCUAUUAUUGUUAUUACCACCACUGGUCGCUCUGCUCAUCUGGUUUCAAAGUACAGGCCUCGCUGCCCAAUUGUGGCUGUAACACGAUACCCACAGGUGGCCAGACAGUGCCAUCUCUACCGUGGCAUUAUUCCCAUCCACUACACUGUGCCUCAGAAUGGUACGUUUCUUUGUGAGAAUUUGCAUUUGUCAUCCCUUUUCUUUCUUUGAUUUUAUUGAUUUACAUUUCAUUUUAUAUUUUUUUUUGCAGUUUACUCUGUGAAGCUUUUAACCUUUGUUUUAUUUUUUUAAAUGUUUUUAUUGAGAAAAGUAGAUGUGUGUCAAAGGAGUAUUAACAUUUAUUUGUUUUGUGGUUUCACAUUGAAUUAUUAAUUGUUAUUAUGAACUGCAUUUUGCACUAAAAAGUUGAGACCACACACAGUCGGUUGUUUAUUUCCUUCUUUUUCUGUAAAAUGUUUGCAGCUUCUUAUCACCUGCUCCUCUUGUCCAGUUCCUAUCUUGGCCAGAUUUCUUGUGGAAUAAUAAAUAAUAAAAAAAAAAAAAUUAUCAACACCUGAGAAUUAUCUGGAUUUGCCAUCUGUUCAGUAUAUAUUUUUGAAUAUUGGCUUAGUACAAAAAGGGUUUCAAAUUAGAAGUCUGGUAAAGUUUACCCAGAAUUUGUUUUUUAACAGUAGAUAUAAGUUGUCAAUGACUUCCACCUAAUGGCUAUUGGAGGUGUGUGUCUUGUGUUACAGCACUAUAAAGCUUGUACAUAUGAUACAGUGUAUAAUCAAAUGGUGAGUUUAUUUAAGAGGAGUAGUUAUAAGGUAUUUUUAGAACUUUUUUUCUUUUAAUGUUAAAGGAUAAUUUCAGCUUUAUCUGACGGCAAAUUAUU